UUAUUCUCGACGAUUUUAAAAAUCUGCCAAACCUUCAUAUCAAUUUUUAUUUAUUACAAAAUUGCAAAAACUAUGCAACAUUAGUUAAUACAAAUUGUGCGAUUAAAGAAAUGGUACAUAGACUUUCCAAACAAGCUGUUCUUAAAACUAAUAGAAAAAAUGUCGAAUUGGAUUUAAUACGCUGUACAAACGUCUUACAAGCUAUUCGAUAUUUAAUGGAUGGCGGAGCUGAUGAUAGAUUUAAUGAGAGUAAUGUUGGAGACGGGUUGAGAUGUAUUAUUACAGAUCAACGUCUUCAACCACUUCUUGCAGGGUGGUAUAUAACUGAUGAUUUAUAUCCUGAAAACAUAUCUAACGAAGAAACGGGUAUAGUUUCAGAAGACUCCAGAAUUGUCAAUAUUUGGGUUCGGCAACAACUAACUAAUGUGGAAAUUCGAGCAUCGCAAUUAACAAGCAAUCUUGAUGAAAAUACUUACUUAAAAAAUGGUCUUUUUGCGGCAUAUUCUGAAUAUAUGAAACAGCACGAUGAUGGAGGAUUCUAUGCGCAUAUCAAGCUUCAUAUUGGCGACAUCGUAAUUAUAAAGGAAGAAACUGAUGAAUCCUAUGCUAUUGUUAGAGCAAUUUUCACUCACAAGUAUAAUGAUGGAAAUGUGUAUGCUUUUGUUUGGAUUGAUUGGUUAAAAAAAACUAAGUGUACCGAUUCCCUUUUAAGAUGUCCAAUCUUUGAACAACAACCAGAUUUAGAUACAAAAUAA